CCCCCACGCAGCGCUGCGCGGACGCGACCCCAAAUUCGAAAUCGGCCAACGUCUCACCGCCUACGCUCCCCAUUUCAAACCAAAACCCCAUCUCGCAUCCUCCCCCUUCACCCGCACCCCCGAUCCACCGCCGCCACUCUGUCCAGCCGCCGGAACUCCGCCUCCGCCGCACCCAGCGAUGCCGUCGGACGGUGUCGACGAUGAGCUCGGCGGCGGCAGCUCCGCCCCCGCCCCCGCCCCCGCGCGGUUCGAGCUCCAGGAGGACCCUGCCUUCUGGAAGGACAACAACGUGCAGGUUGUGAUCCGUAUCCGGCCGCUCAGCAGCAGCGAGAUAUCGCUGCAGGGGCACAAGACAUGCAUCAGGCAGGAUUGUAGCCAGAGCCUCACCUGGACGGGGCAUCCCGAAUCCCGGUUCACUUUCGAUCUCGUCGCGGACGAGCAUGUCACGCAGGAGAAUCUGUUCAAAGUUGCUGGGGUGCCCAUGGUGGAGAACUGCAUGGCUGGUUAUAACAGCUGCAUGUUUGCUUACGGGCAGACUGGCAGCGGAAAAACACACACAAUGCUUGGUGAUAUAGAAAAUGGAACACGGAGGAACAAUGUGAACUGUGGUAUGACGCCUCGAGUAUUCGAGCAUCUCUUUUCAAGAAUCCAAAAGGAAAAGGAAAUAAGGAGAGAUGAAAAGCUUAGGUUCACCUGUAAAUGCUCUUUUUUGGAGAUUUAUAACGAGCAGAUUCUGGAUUUACUCAACCCAAAUUCUGUAAACUUGCAUAUAAGAGAGGAUGCCAAAAAGGGUGUCCAUGUUGAGAAUCUGACAGAACAUGACGUCUCCAAUGCUCGAGAAGCGAUGCAACAACUUAUAGAGGGGGCAGCAAACAGAAAGGUGGCAUCCACCAAUAUGAACAGAGCAAGUAGCCGCUCUCAUAGUGUUUUCACUUGUCUGAUAGAGAGUAAGUGGGAGUCGCAAGGUAUCAACCACCACAGAUUUUCUAGACUCAACCUUGUUGAUCUUGCUGGCUCAGAGAGGCAAAAGAGCUCAGGUGCUGAAGGGGAGCGCUUGAAGGAAGCGACCAACAUCAACAAGUCACUCUCAACUUUAGGACUUGUCAUUACAAACCUCAUUGCCGUAUCCAACAAAAAAUCACACCAUGUUCCCUAUCGAGAUUCAAAAUUAACGUUUCUCCUCCAGGAUUCCCUUGGAGGAAAUUCGAAGACGACUAUAAUUGCAAACAUAAGCCCAUCUAGCUGUUGUGCUGCUGAGACGUUAAGCACUUUGAAAUUUGCACAGCGAGCUAAAUACAUCAGGAAUAAUGCUACAAUAAACGAGGAUGCUUCAGGUGAUGUUCUCAGCAUGCGUUUACAGAUCCAGCACCUUAAGAAAGAAGUUAGCCGUUUGCAAGGACUAGUAAGUUCUGAAAAAACAGAAGACAUUGGUUCCCAUGGAUUUGUCUGUGAGUCUCCUAGCACAUUCAAAUGGGAUCAAGGUCCUGGCACGUUCAGUCCACUUUUUUUUGAUAAAAGGGCUACACAGAGGAAAGAUUAUGAUGCUGCCCUUGCUGCUGCGUUUAGGAGGGAACAAGAGAAGGAAGUAAAAUUGAAGGCAACAAUUGCUGCAAAGCUAACUGCUGAACAGCUGGCAGCUCAAAGAUCUGAAGAGGUAAGAAGUUUCAAGAUGAGGCUUAAAUUUCGUGAAGAACGGAUCAAAAGAUUGGAGCAAGUUACUUCAGGGAAGUUAUCUGCUGAAGCACAUCUUUUGCAAGAGAAGGAAGAGCUCGUGAAGGAAUUGGAAGUCCUGCGAAGUCAACUAGAUCGCAAUCCAGAAAUUACAAAAUUUGCAAUGGAAAACUUACAAUUAAAGGAAGAGCUGCGAAGGUUGCAGACAUUUGUUGAUGAAGGUGAACGGGAAAUGAUGCAUGAGCAAAUAAUUGUUUUACAAGAUAAGCUGCUAGAGGCACUUGACUGGAAGCUUAUGCAUGAGAAGGAUCCUGUUAACAAGGACCUCUCAUUAUUCGGGGAGUCAGCUGGUGAUGAGGAAAAUGAGUUUCUUCGAUUGCAGGCUAUUCAAAAUGAGAGAGAAAUCGAGUCAUUGCGUAAAAAGUUUACCUUCUGCCUGGAAGCAAAAGAUAAACUUGAGAGGCGUGUUGAUGAGUUGACCACAGAGUUGGAGCUUACAAAGAAACAUGAUGACACAAAUAAAGAAUUCAAGGCUGUCCAGCUCCAGGAGGAAGGUGAUGCCGGUUUACAUGACCUGCCUGAUGCUCAGACGGAACUUAAGACUUUGGUUGACGCAAUAGCUUCUGCAAGUCAAAGGGAAGCAGAAGCUCAUGAAACUGCGAUUGGUUUGGCCAAAGAGAAUGAAGAAUUAAGGAUGCAGCUUAAGGUUUUGAUUGAGGAUAACAAGAGAUUAGUUGAGCUCUAUGAACACGCUAUUGUCAAUGUUGGGGCGAAUCAAGAUGGAAACUGUCCUACCAUUCCUCAAACUAAAGAUGCAAGUGAUCAGCAAAGCAGCCAUCCUUUUGGAGGAAACUCUGCGGAUGAAGAUGAUCUGCUGGAAGCCCAACCAGUAGGCACAUCAGAUUUGUCUAUACACAACUCAUCCAGUGUGGACGAAGAGCCUAAGAUACUGGGUGAAAAAUGCAUCCAAGAGGACAACUUGUCAAGAACUACAUUUGCAGAAUUGCGUCUUCAACUGGAAGAGAUGCACGAGGAAAAUGAUAGACUUAUGGGUUUGUAUGAGAAAGCUAUGCAGGAAAGAGAUGAGUUCAAAAGGAAGAUUUUAGAGCAAGGCGAUUCUGAAACCAUGGAAGAGAUUCAGUCGGAUGAGAAAGAUGCUGAAAUGCUUGAAGCAGCAGAUCCUGAGAAUCUUGAAGUAAAACAUGUUCAUGACUCCUCGAUUGUAGCUUUUAAGGAAGUGUUGCAGCUUGUGCGGAUUAAACUGGAGCUUGUCCAAGACAAGAUUGUGUCUGCUCAGGAUGCAAUAAAAUAUUUUAAACUACUCGAAAUGGCUAGUAGUAAGGCGGAAGAACUUUCUGCAAGCAUUCAGCUCCAUUGUCUAGACAUGCAGCAUGGUCAGGAAGACAUCAAAGCCCUGAAGUCUGCGCAGUCGGAAUCACGGGAGAAGAAAAGUUCUUUUGAAGGCAAGUAUUUCCUGCCUGCAGCAUCAUGUUGGAACUUGGAUUUGAAGACCAAAGCCCUUGCUCAGUCCAAGUUUGAUGUCAACUUUGAAUUAAUGAAUCAAAAGAAGGAACAGUUGAAUCACCUCCUAACCCGCAAAAAUGAACUAUCUGCUGCGAGGACAAAAGCACAUGAAUCUGAAGCUGAGUUGAGAAACAAAUUUGAUGGCCUUAAACGGAAGCUUCGCUGUUAUGAAGCUCAAAGGAAGGAAGAAGAAAAGGUCCUUUUUGCUAUUGAUAAUCUGGAUACUUCCAGUGCACCAUUGCAUAAACUCAAGAAUUUUGGCAAGGCAACUGAGCUGCUGAAAUCUGAGGAGGAGCGGAUAAAGCUUUCACGUGAACUGAAGAAGGCCCAUGAACAGCUUGUCAUGGUGCAAAAGGAAAUAAAAAGUAUGGACAAAUGUGAUUAUAUUGAUUGUGAGAUUGAACUCCUUGAAAAAGAAAUAGAGGAUAGCUGCCUCUCUGUGCUGGAAGCAGACAUCGAGAAGUUUGUCCGUGACAAUACCUUGACAGAGAUUUGGGAGAGCGGGGAGGACAUGCAGCGCUUGCUGAUUGACUACCAAGAUUGCGUUUUCCAAGUCAACUUGAAGGAGGAAGAGAUGAAAGUAUGUGAGGAGUCCUUGCAGCAUCAAGCUAGGGGCUUGGAUGAGCUGCAUUCGAAGCUAAAUCAAGCGAUGCGGGACCUGGGUGAGCUUCUGCAGGACAGAAGAAGCUUAACCUCUUGCAGUUUGGAUGAACCCAUGCUGCCCGUUGGCGAAAAGGUGGAGGUGGAUCUUGAGGCCAUCAGGAUUCAUGUCUCUGAGGCUAAGCAGCUUUUGCUUCUCGACGGUCAGGCUAAUUUGUGAAUCUGCCCAGCUAGCAUCAAUUUCAUUCGCAGAUGCAAAUGCAAUUACUGACAGGCUAGUCUGUCUUGGCUUCAUCUGUUCACAUUCUUCGUAUCGUAGCAACAUGCUGCUACUCGUAUCGUAGCAGGAUGGAGAAGUCCUGAAGCCGAAUGUUCUGAUGUUUGUUCUGUGGACCACCUAUUCUAUCGUGUUCUAGCUUCAAGGUGCAAGACAGCAACUGAUUCGACAUGAUUCUGAUUUCUUGGGGGCUUGACCUUUUUGUUUCUGUAAUUCUGUAGACUAAUAAUCCGUGGGUGGUCUUGUAUCAUAAGUUAACUGAGCCAGCAUUGAUGCUUCACACAAGUGAAAGAAUGCGGCGCUCCAGUGAGUCUUGUGUUGCA